AUGGAGAACUUCAUCCUGUAUGAGGAGCUGGGAAAAGGCAGCAGGUCUGUGGUCUAUAAAGGCAGAAGGAAGGGGAGUCUAAACUAUGUCGCCAUCAUCUGCACUGACAAGACAAAGAGACCUGAACUCACAAACCAUGUGCGUCUGAGUAUUGAUCUGAGUCAUCGAAAUAUUGUUGCCUUUUAUGAGUGGUAUGAGACCAGUAACCACCUCUGGAUGGUAGUGGAGCUCUGUACAGGUGGUUCUCUUGAGGCAGUGAUUGGUCAGGAUGGGUGCCUGUCAGAGAAUGUGGUCAGGGGGUUUGGGCGAGAUUUAGUCAGAGGACUGAAAUACCUUCACAAAUUGGGAAUCAUCUUCUCUGACCUUACUCCUGCUAAGAUCCUAUUGGAUGGCCAUGGCAUUUUGAAGUUGAGUAACUUCUGUCUGUCCAAGGCAGACGGAGAGCUGCUUGAGGAGUUCUUCAUCCUGCUGUCUGCCUCAGAGGAAGCAGCGGGGGGAGGAGAGGAUGAGAUGGGGGAAUCAGACAGCAGCAGCAUCAGUAAAAGGUUACGAGGCUCUCCGGUCUACAGUGCUCCUGAAGUUUUACAAGGAGCAGAGACUAGCACCGGCUCAGAUCUGUGGGCUCUGGGUUGCAUACUCUACUACAUGUACACUGGUAAACCGCCAUUUUAUUCUGACAGCUACACCGAACUUGCUAAGAUGAUCGUAUACCAGGAACCACCACCGCCCCAACAGACAAUGUCUCCAUCCAGCACUCCCAGCGAGGAGUUACAGAGCCUUCUGAAAGGCCUGCUCAACAAAAACCCAGAUAAGAGGAUGGACUGGCCGGAAUUACUGGUCCACCCUUUUUGGAGACAGGUACUGAAAGAGGAGGAGGAGGAGGAGGAGGAAGAAAAACAGGAAGAAGAAAACGAGGGAGAAAAUGACAGUGAGGGAGAAGAUUCCUCCAGCUCAAAGCCCUCUGCGAUGGCUGUCCAGAGCUCAGAUGGGAACUCAGAGCCCCAGUCUGAGGAGAGGUCAGACAGAGUGCCAAACCGGGCUACUCAGGAUCCAAUGAAUGCCCGGACCACCUCCACCGACGAGGUCGAUGACAGUGGGACUGCCUCAGUCCACCUGGUGGUUCUGUCCACCAUAGUGAGGAGGUGGGUGAACCCCCAGGAGGGGGGAAGGGGCCCCACCAGGUCCACGUUGACAUGGUCAAAGCGUUGCCCCAUUGGCCCCAGGAAAGGGCCAAUGGGGCUCUGGUGUGACGGUGGAAUUUGGCGCACUGGCAUGCCACGCAGGACCUCGCCCAAUCCCUCACAUCCUUCUUCAGUCCAGGCAAGACGAACUUGGCAGCCACAGCUUCGUAGACAGCUUCACUCCUGGGUGCGAGAGACUGUGGACUGCGUCGAAGAUAUGCCGGCACCACCCGGUGGGAACCAUGGGUCUAGCCUGACCCAUGGAGAUGUCGCAGAGGAGUGUGGCACCAACUGUGUAUCAGAGCUUAGACCAAAGCGUGGUGUGGAUGAGGACAGCAUUCAGACCAUUUUCCUACUCAGCUCUCGAGCCACUCCAAGGAGGAGCUGCAGUAUCCGAGAUGCCCCCAGCCACCAUCCUCCACUUCAGGCCAACAUAUGUGCUGAUAAUGGUGACAUCAUAUCCUCUGUUAAAGCUCUUCUCUACACUGACUCUGAUUUGACCAUCACCCCAGUCAUGGACAACCCCAAGAUUUUGAAGAGCCCCCCCGUCCGGUUUGAAGCUAAAACCCUCUGUGUACCAGUAUACUCAGUGGAAAAGCUCAAAUCUCUGAGUAAUGAGGAUUGGAGACUCUUCCUCCAGCAGCUCUGCUCUUCCCUAGAUGGACAGACGUCUUCCUCUGCUGCUCGCUCCUCCUCUGCCAUGGCUCCUCCUGCCUCCACAGCCCUCCGCUCCAAACUCAACCUGCUCUGCUACCUCUGCUGUGUGGUUGGGCACAAAGACAUUGCGACCAGGCUGAUCAACUCUAAACUGCUACCAGUGUUGACCCAGCUGUCACGCCAGGCUCCUAACUGGGAUAUCAGAAGCAAGGUUCUCAGAGUGAUGGGUCUACUGGCUCUGCACUGUACUGAGCUCAGAGAGGACAGUCCUGUUAAUGAGGCGGCGACCAUGCUAACAGAACUGUUGAGGGAGAACCAGAGGAACAGUAAGCUGAAGCAGUUCCUGCUGCCGCCACUAGGGGAGCUCCUCUACCUCAUUGCUUCUCAGGAGGAGAAGAGAGGUUCCCCAGAGGGACUGCGGUUCGCUCCUGCUGCCGCCUACACCGGCUUAAUGAGGAGCCUCCGGGAAGGGGAUGAUGCAGUAGUCCAGCACAUGGCUGCCAAAGCCAUUGAGAACAUCUCCACCACUGUCACUGGUUCUUCCCACUACCUGGUCUCCAUGGAGAUAGGCCCCGCCUUGUGGUAUCGGUUCACUCACUCCACUGCAGAGGCUGUCAGAAUCACCGCCAUCUCUUCUCUGUCCAGAUUAACCCGGGCUGUCCCUGGAGUGUUCCUGCCAGUGAUUGAUAGGUGUGGCCCGGCAGCCAUCUUGGCUUGCGUGAGUGGAGCAGGGGUCAGAGUCCAGCAACACCUCCUCACUGUCAUGGGCACUGCGCUACUCAGCACCCGCUCUCACACACAUCGCAUGGCACAGGACAGGGAUCUGGUGUUGAAGGUGCUAUGCUGUUUAGAGAGUCCAUCUACAGUAGUCAGAGCCAAAGCUUUAUUACUUCUUAUGCUAUUAAUACAGGACAACACACACACACUGAUGCACUGCUGUCAACACAGACUGGUGAUGUACCUGGAAAGAGAUCUGCGUAAAGCCGGUCCCCUCAGAGAGAAUCCCAGCCAAACAGAGUACCUGUCUCGCUGUCUGGAUGUAUUUACUGCUUACCUGACACGCACUGCACCACUAAUACUCGAGGAUGUGCUGGUUGCAUUAGGAGCUGUGGUAGGAAGGAGACAUCCAUCUCCAGCCCAGAGCAGACAGCUCAAACACACUCUGCCCACUAUGUCUGUAGUCCUGGAUUUGUUGACAUCACAGGUCUUCCGGUCAAAGAUAGUGACGGAGAAUUUUCUGUCUCAGAUUGGAGUGCUGUUGAACUACAUCAUCUCUAUUGAGUCCAAUGAGGCCAAUCUGGCCAGUGCUGUUGGUGCAGCGGUCUGUGAAGAGCUGAUCAGGACAACUCUGUCAUUGGUAGAAGUCCUGAGUCAGCACUCUGCUCUGAUCACUACACACCACCACACUGUUGAAAAUGCCAUCCUGCCACCUCUUAUGACCCUGGCUUUUAGCAGAAAUGUGGAGUGGUGUGUGUGUGUGUUGAGGGUCCUGUCAGAAUUCAGCUUGCUUUUGCAGGCAGGCAGCGGAGCUGAGGAUGAGAGGGAGGAGCGGAUGGAGGGAGAAGGCAACAAAGAGGAGAGGGAACUAGGAAGUAAGAGAAAAGGGGAGGACAGAACAGCGGAGGGAGGCAAAGGGCACACAAGCAGUAAUCAGCUACUAGCUCUCAUCACCACAUCUCUGCUUCCCAGGUACGACUCUCUCCUCUCUGCAGAAGAGCCGGUCUCCCUCUAUGCUCUCAAGCUGCUGGUAUCAAUGACAGAACACAGUGCCGAUAUCUGCAGGCUUAUCAAGCACAUUAGGAUCCUACCAGUGGUCUUUCAGCUUGUCAUGGCCAACAGCAGGAAUGUUGCUAGUGGUCUGGUCCAGCAUGCAGUAGCCUUGCUGUGUAAUCUAACCGGGGGCACAGAAUGGGACCUGGAGCCGCUAUACCAACAAGGUCUGGUAGAAGUCGUAGUGACCAUCCUCACUGAAGCUGCAGUGCACUGCUUCGAUGGACAGGGGCAUAUUGGGAGGAAGGCUGACCAUCUUGUGCUCGUGGCCCUUUUGGAGCUGCUCCACAACAUCUUAAAUCAUACAUCAACUGUUGUCCGCUCUGCACUGCAGAGCCAGAGGCUAUCUUGUGCAGCAGCAGAGAAGGAGGCAGCAGAGAAGCUGCUCCUAUCCAACAGACCUCUGGGCCAUCUCAACACGCACCUCAUCCACAUGCUGUCCACCGAGGAUCAGGAAGUGUGGGAGGAGUCUAUCCAGUGUCUGUCCCUAUUGGUCCAGCUAUAUGGGGGGGAGGGGUAUGACUGCCUGUCCCCUUCCUGCCGGCGUAGCUUCUCCCAUAUGCUGCGCUCCCAUGCACGCUCGCUAAAUCCCCGCAUGCAGCGCACUACGCUUAGGGUCAUCAAACGACUGGCACAGACAGCCGACAGAUCUGAUUGGUGGGAAUGUUCUGAAGGGGAAGAGCUUGUGAAUCUACUGCAAGAUCUGACUCACUCAAACAGGUCUCAAGUUGAUGUGGCGGCUCUGGCUGCUGAGGUCCUCCAGGUGAUCCACAGCCUUUAA